UAUUAACCAGGGGAGUUGAUGUGGAGCACUAGGGAUAUCUCUGCGCAUAGGAACGGUGUUCCAAGACUUGCAAACACUGCUUAAUCGUAUACGAUCACGUACACUCAGGUGCCGCACAACCAUCUCCAUGACAUCGUCAGUUGAUGGAUGGACACGAUCGAAGAGAAGAGAGACGGUUUGAUCGAUUGACUACCUGUGUUUCAACGGAUGAAGUUUGAUUUCGACUCAAGACUGAAAACUGAUUGCUGACCGAGGUAAUGGUCGGUCUGAAACUAAAACCGCCAAGGAUAUAAUAUAGAGAAAGGUUGGUCUCUUAACUUGGAUGUACGUUGUCUCUAUUCAUCAUAUCCACAAGUCUUUCCCCAGCCUCAAAAGUUUGAUCCCUCGGGGUUUCAUUAGGUAAAGGGGGCUCUGUGAGAAGGCUAAGGAGAUAUUGGUAGAAGAAAGCAAUGUUCAGACCAGUGAAAUACAUUGUCCAGAAAAUACUUGUUUUCUGUGAUAUAUGACUGAUCAGAGUGGAAUACAUCAACAACCUCAUACAUAUCAAUGUUCUGUUUUCGUCAAACCACGCUCCAAUUCCUCGCUGACCUAUUAUUCAAGAAAGUUUCAUAAUUGAUGAAUAAAUGACAUGAAUCUUUGGAUUACAGAAUCAUUAAAAGUUUUAGCAUAAUGUAACUCUCCUCGAACACCAAAAGAGGGGAAAAAAAUCAACACGAUGCUUCACUCAAUUGAUAAGCAUAUCGAGGAGAUUCCUCUAACAGCAUCUAGCUUCUAAUUAGAGUGAAGGGUGAAAAUUUGACUCACAAUUCUGCGUAGCGUAGGCUCCAAGUUGAGGGAAGCCGCUGCAAGCUAUCCAUCUUCAGGGAUUCCACAAUCACACUGCAUAUGAAUGAAGCAUGUAUAAACAUAGAUACAUAAAAUCUGACAUUGAGACACAUGUCUGCGUGGAUAUUGGGUUGGUAAAAUAGUGUGAAUGGUUGCAGUUGUAUUGAGCUUCUGAUUUUGAUUGUUGAGUGUUUAUGUAUCUGUUUAAUUUUAGAAUCUACAUUUGCUCUUAUGUUUCAUAUGCUGCUGUUGUUUAUAUUUUGUUGUUUGAUCACAUUGUAGAUCAUUUUACUGCUUUAAUUGGGUUGAACUCCCAGAUAAAGUUACUAUGUCAAUACUGUCAUGGCUUGGAACAAUUGAUAUCUCUGAGAGUGCUCAGAAGGUAUGCAUGCAUGAAGUGGCGGUAAAUCUGCAAGGAACUGAAGUGGAACACCAUAGACAUACGCAAUGAUGGUGCUCCCAGCAUUCCCUUUGACUUAAAGAAGAUGUGCUGCAUUGUUGUUGAUCUUAGUUGUCGAACUUUGGCGGAUGUGAAUGUUGAGGACUUUAUCUUGGAUGAGCUCAUAAAGUUUAUCACUGAGAGGUAUGUAGUUCGCUGCUUUUAUUAAAUGUUUUGGUUUGUUGGCAUCAAGCUGCAACUCAGACAUGGAAUGUUCCAUAGUUGGUCCAGGUUUAAUUAAGAAGUUUACUAGGAUGUGCUUCUCCUCGAUGUUUCUUCCCUGUGUUUGUUUGUGCAAUAUUUCAUUGCAGAUGCAUUUGUGCCUUUAGGUUAAUGGAAAACUAAAAAUGGCUUUCAUAUGUAGUGAUUAAACUGGUGGAAUGCCAUAUAUUUGAUAUGAUUCAUUAGAUGUCAUGUUAGUAUAAAAUAUUGUUGGCAUUCCAAAACCUACUAUACCAGCCGUGUGAAGUAUAAGGAAGUGUGAAGUAUAAGGAAUUGUUUCAAAGGAAGUGUGGUGUGGUUGCUUUGCUCUUUCGUACGUGUUGAAGAAUUUGUGGCUUUUUUUAGCAUGCAAGAUUGUUUAAUUGUAUUGUGGAGAAAAUGCUGUCAAAAGAAUAUUGCAGCUUGCUGCAAUGAUCAAAAGGUGAAGAAUAUUACUGUACACCUCUUCUCCUUCACAUGAUCAUUCCUUCUGUUGAAAACCAAAAAGAAAAGGAAGUUGCAUCUGGGUUUUCAGUUUUUCUAUUUCUCUCCUUCGUGGAGAACAUGCUAUGAAAGAGAAAAGGAAGAACAUGAGAACAUGCUAUGAAAGAGAAAAGGAAGAACAUGACAACGUGGUUUUCCAUUUCUUCUUAUGGAAACAUUGCUGUCAAAGAAGAAAGUAGGAAGCAACUACAUCUGGUUGCCAGCCAUCUCGUCUUGCCCACUCAAUGCAAUAUCCCCUUGAGAUGGAUCCGGUGCCUUGGUGAUUUGUUAGUAUUAACAUAUUGGCAAGGAGAGGAAAUAUCCAAUUGAGAUGGAUCCGGGUGAGGAAGAAAAUCUUGGAGAGGUAAUUAAUAUCCCCUUGAGAUGGAUCCGAGUGAGGAAGAAAAUCUUGGAGAGGUAAUUAAUAUCCCCUUGAGAUGGAUCCGAGUGAAGAAGAAAUGUGAAAGUAACCAUAUCUUUUCCUUGCUAUCCACUCAGUGUAAUCAUGAAGACCUUGCUGUCUAAAAUGAUAGUGGGAAGCAAGCAACUGGUGAUCAUUCAUACAUGAACUUAAAGACCAAGUAUGAUAGUUUGUUUAAUUGCAAGUAUGGAUAUCUUGCUGUCGAAGACAGGUGGCCUUGUUCAUCUUCAUGUAAACCUUGCUGUCAAAGAUCAAAGUGGGAGACAAUUGCAGCAGGGUUUACCAUUUUAGUUGGUUAUCUUGCCGAAACACAAGGCCCUACUCCAACCAAGCUUCUAGCAACUUUGACAGAAUGGAAUUCCUUCUUCCUCCUAUAUAUACAUGGGUAUUCUGUUUGUUCUAUGUAUUGAAAUCGUAUUGAGUUUCAAUCCCUUGAUUGUAAAAGAGUCAGACUCUUUGUUGCUCUGUUUUGUGCCAUGUUGAAAACAGUUUGUGAGUCUGUCCAGUAAGGAUUGCAGCAGUCAUUGCAAUCCCACAGUUAAAUGUGUAGUCUGUCCAGUAAGGAUUGCAGCAGUCAGUGCAAUCCCAGAUUGUAAGUUAGUCAGUUCAGGAGGGAUUGCCGCGGUCAGUGCAAUACCUGAGUUGUAACUUUGUAAUCUGUUUUGAUUAGUGAAUCAUUGGGUUCUCAAGAGUUAGAGCCCCGCAGUGUUUUUGAUCUCAAUUGAGGUUUUCACUGCGUGACCAAGUUGUGUUGUGUUGUGGAAUUUUCUGUUCUCUGCCCAGUAUCCAAAACACGUUCAUCCUUGUAUUUACAAUUGGCAUCAGAGCGGGUUCUAAAGAGUUUUAGUUGAUCCGUGAUCAAGGAUGGAACAUCAACGUGACAGAGCCUCCAGCUCCAUUAACUGUCCACCAUUAUUUGAUGGAGAAGAUUACUCACAAUGGAAGAUUAUGAUGAGGGCAUUUCUCUACUCUCAAGAUGAAAAUAUGUGGAAUAUAGUAGAAAUUGGUUGGGAACAUCCAACCAUGGCAGAAGACUCCAAGAAAGAAGAAGUGAGUUCUGCAAGAAUUCCUAAGCCUAGAAAGGAAUGGACAAAGGAGGAGGUUCGUGACAGAAAUUGUGAUUUCAAGGCACGAAAUUCAUUAUUCAUAGCUCUAUCCAAGAAGGAGAGAAUGAGAAUCAGCCACUGUGACACUGCCAAACAAGCAUGGGAUCUUCUCCAAGUCACCUAUGAAGGUAAUAAAAAGGUUAGAGGGCAGAAACUUCAACGACUAGUUUUGGAAUUUGAGAAUAUGUCAAUGACUGAAGAUGAAUCAAUCGACGACUUUCAUGCUCGGCUUCUCAAUGUAACAAGUCAAUGUCGGAGCUUGGAUGAUCCAUUUGAGGAGCACCGAAUUGUCAAGAAGUUUCUUAGAUCUCUUCCUUCAAAAUUCCAGGCCAAACAGAUUGCCAUUGAGGAGGCUCAGGAUCUAGAUACCUACACUCUUGACGAACUGGUGGGAAAUCUCAAAACUUUUGAGAUGAGACUCAAACCGGAUAAAAAGGUAAAAGAUGUUGCUUUUUCUUCCAUUAAUGAUAAAGAUGAUAUUGUUGAUGAUUCUAUGGAUUUAACUUUGUUGACAAAAGAGUUUAAAAAAUUUCUGAAUGAUAAAAACUCAUUUGGAAACACCUCAAGAAACUUUUCUGACACAAAGAGAGGUCAAGAAUUUGAGAAUCGUUUUGAUAAAAAUUCAAAGUUUGCCAAAUUUGCUCAAAAGAAAAGUUUUCCUGACAAACCUAAAUGCUAUGAAUGUGGUGGAAUUGGACAUAUUGCUGCUAACUGUGGUAACAGGAGAUAUAAUUCACGUGGCGACAAAGCUUUAAAAUCCACAUGGAGUGAUAGUGAUGAAGGAUCUCAAUCGGAUUCUGAAGAGGUAAAUCUUGCUCUUACUUCUUCCCUUAAUAUUGAUUUAUCCGAUGAGUCUGAUAUUGAAGUUGAAGCUUUUGAUGAGGAGACGAAUGAAAAGUGUAAGCAAUUGUACAAUGCUUCAAAAAUUGUUCUUAAGAAAAAUUUCAAACUUAAGGAAGAAAUUGAGUCAUUAAGAAAAGAAAAAAAUGAAUCUGAGCUAAAUUUUGAUUCUUGCUUGAAAGAAUGGGAAGAAGAGCGUACUGACCUUGUUGAUAAGAUUAAAGUUUUGCAGGGUGAGGUCAAGUCUCAAGAUUGGGACAAGGAACAUGAUGAUCUUAUUAACAAGAUCAAAAUCUUGCAGGUUGAAGUUAAGGCUCAGUCUACUCUAAAUAUUUCACUAACAUUUGAAAAUGAAAAAUUGCAGGAUGAGCUAUCUAAAGUCAAGGAAAGCUUCAACAAAUUCUCUAUAGGGUCGGAAAAGGUCUCUAGGAUGAUUGGCUUUGGUAAAGCUCAUUCUAACAAAGAAGGAUUAGGGUAUGAAGGUGAGUCCUGCAAGCCCUUGACCUUUGUAAAAAGUCUGGAUUGUGAAAAUUCUUUGGGUCAGUCACAAACUUUAAAUGACAAUGAUUCUGAUACUAAGUUGCCCAGAAGAUCAAAACCAAAUUUAGACUUCCAAACCCAUCAGAGAGUUGCUCAGGUAAGUUCUAACAAGCACACAUGCGUGCAUCAGCCCAGGUAUGUUCACAACUCCAAAAGGUUCAUUCCCACUUGUCAUCACUGUGGUAAAAUAGGGCACAUUCGUCCUAGAUGUAAUUUGCUCCGCAGGGAAUCUCAAAAAUGCAGGAAACAGAAGGAACUCAGCUCUACAGCUUCUUUACAAGCUGAGUUGAAAGAACAUCUGAAGUUGAUAAACAGGAUUGCAGUGCGUAUUGCAAUCCCCAAAGAGCAGAAUUUGAAGCAGAAGCAAAUUUGGAUUAAAAAAGGUUCUAAUAAUUGUCUUUCUGCUCAUAUGGAUAAACUUGAUAACAUGUUUGAACUUGCUUCUGUUCCUAUUAAACACAAAUUGGCUGAUUCGGUUACUAAGUCCUUAGACACAGCUCGAUUUGAAUCUCUUAGAAGCGACAUUGGUGGGUGCUCUAAGUAUUGAUACUCUCACUUUACUUGAUCCAUUCUGCAUGCAUUCAUAUUGUAUGAUCUCAUUGUAGUAUAAGUGCAUUGCUCUUUUUAUUUCUGUAUUUUUUAUUUUUCUGGUUUCUGGAGAAUCAGGAUUGCAUGUGUGGUUUGUAUCCCGAAGUGUCUGACAGAUUCAUUUGAACUUAGAUUGACAAGGUUUCUACUCCCUUCCUUAAAUAUGAGUGUGAUGAGAUGAUUAGCAUGUUUUGAACUUGUUCUUGCAUCACUGUGUAAUCUCGAACAUGAUCAACAUAUUCUCUAUCACUUUGUAUGAUCACAUGCACACAUACUCCUUGUGGUGGUAAGUAAUAUUCUUGGUUGACUUGUUCUUAGUCCACACAUAUGAAGUUGUUAAAAUGUUAUUAUUGCUCCUAGUUAAAAAGGUACAAUAUAUUUGGAGCAUGGCCAGGCUAUUCCCAAAGUAAACAGGCCUUGGUCGUGACGAACGAUAUAAGGAUUGGGAAGAAAAGGGAAUGGUUUGGUCACCCCGGUGGUAUGUAAAACUAUUGACUCGAGUUGAUGUGUCCUUUGGGAUGUCCUUGUUACAUCUAGUACCCUAAAGUCAUCUGACUUGGGAGCUGCUGGCAUAAAACUCAUUACAUGAGUCUUAGUUUUCUUGUGAAAAACUAUAUGUUGUGUGAAAAGGUUAAAAAAAAAAAAAAAAAAAAAAUUUAAAAUUGUGCCCACACGGAGAUAUAAGGGGGAAUAUCUAUGUUGUUCAUUUUUUCUCUUCUUAUGUGUGUUCUAAUUUCAAGGAUUCUAAGAAUGUUACACACUCCAUCUUGAGUUAUGUUCACUUACACAACAAAGGUAUAGAAUACUCGAUCAUCUUCCAGCUUACCUUGUGGUUGUCAAAAAUGGUUUACUCAUGUGACCUUAUCUUGUUGCAUUUAUGUUUAUGGUUUUGUGGUCGUACUCUUGUCUGAAAAGCUAUGCAAAUUGAAUCUGUUUUUAACUCUUGGAUACAAACCCACUCAUUGUGUGUUUGCAUUUCAUUCGUGCAUCCUUCAUAACAUGAUCCCAUUUAGGGGGAGUAUUGAUAUUUGGACUAUCUUCCUCUGAUUGUUUCUUCUUGGGUUGGUGUCUCUUGAGCAACAUCUACAGGUAAUUCUUCUUCUACAUUGCUUCCGCUACAUAGUUGCCUUUGUCAUUCCUAGACAAAAAGGGGGAGAAGAUAUUUGUUGACAUUUGGUUUUGUUUUCCUGGUUUAUGUUGCUUAAUUUGGCUAGACUUCUUUAUGGUUUGAACUAGUCGGUUAAAUUGCUACUACAUGACUUAUUGAAUUGCAGUUUUAUGUCUUGAUCAUAGUAUUUGUUUUUCACAAAGUGUGUGAUAAAGAUUUCAGGAACAGAGGAUUCUCUAGUACUACAUGAGGGGGAGUUGAUCUAGAUUAUAGUAGUUUUGUUUAGGAAUGCCAAAGGGGGAGAUUGUUAGUAUAAAAUAUUGUUGGCAUUCCAAAACCUACUAUACCAGCCGUGUGAAGUAUAAGGAAGUGUGAAGUAUAAGGAAUUGUUUCAAAGGAAGUGUGGUGUGGUUGCUUUGCUCUUUCGUACGUGUUGAAGAAUUUGUGGCUUUUUUUAGCAUGCAAGAUUGUUUAAUUGUAUUGUGGAGAAAAUGCUGUCAAAAGAAUAUUGCAGCUUGCUGCAAUGAUCAAAAGGUGAAGAAUAUUACUGUACACCUCUUCUCCUUCACAUGAUCAUUCCUUCUGUUGAAAACCAAAAAGAAAAGGAAGUUGCAUCUGGGUUUUCAGUUUUUCUAUUUCUCUCCUUCGUGGAGAACAUGCUAUGAAAGAGAAAAGGAAGAACAUGAGAACAUGCUAUGAAAGAGAAAAGGAAGAACAUGACAACGUGGUUUUCCAUUUCUUCUUAUGGAAACAUUGCUGUCAAAGAAGAAAGUAGGAAGCAACUACAUCUGGUUGCCAGCCAUCUCGUCUUGCCCACUCAAUGCAAUAUCCCCUUGAGAUGGAUCCGGUGCCUUGGUGAUUUGUUAGUAUUAACAUAUUGGCAAGGAGAGGAAAUAUCCAAUUGAGAUGGAUCCGGGUGAGGAAGAAAAUCUUGGAGAGGUAAUUAAUAUCCCCUUGAGAUGGAUCCGAGUGAGGAAGAAAAUCUUGGAGAGGUAAUUAAUAUCCCCUUGAGAUGGAUCCGAGUGAAGAAGAAAUGUGAAAGCAACCAUAUCUUUUCCUUGCUAUCCACUCAGUGUAAUCAUGAAGACCUUGCUGUCUAAAAUGAUAGUGGGAAGCAAGCAACUGGUGAUCAUUCAUACAUGAACUUAAAGACCAAGUAUGAUAGUUUGUUUAAUUGCAAGUAUGGAUAUCUUGCUGUCGAAGACAGGUGGCCUUGUUCAUCUUCAUGUAAACCUUGCUGUCAAAGAUCAAAGUGGGAGACAAUUGCAGCAGGGUUUACCAUUUUAGUUGGUUAUCUUGCCGAAACACAAGGCCCUACUCCAACCAAGCUUCUAGCAACUUUGACAGAAUGGAAUUCCUUCUUCCUCCUAUAUAUACAUGGGUAUUCUGUUUGUUCUAUGUAUUGAAAUCGUAUUGAGUUUCAAUCCCUUGAUUGUAAAAGAGUCAGACUCUUUGUUGCUCUGUUUUGUGCCAUGUUGAAAACAGUUUGUGAGUCUGUCCAGUAAGGAUUGCAGCAGUCAUUGCAAUCCCACAGUUAAAUGUGUAGUCUGUCCAGUAAGGAUUGCAGCAGUCAGUGCAAUCCCAGAUUGUAAGUUAGUCAGUUCAGGAGGGAUUGCCGCGGUCAGUGCAAUACCUGAGUUGUAACUUUGUAAUCUGUUUUGAUUAGUGAAUCAUUGGGUUCUCAAGAGUUAGAGCCCCGCAGUGUUUUUGAUCUCAAUUGAGGUUUUCACUGCGUGACCAAGUUG